AUGGCGGCCGGAGAUUCAUCAGGGAGCUCUCUCGAAUACACUCCCACAUGGGCUUUUGCCACUCUUUGCUUUGUUAUCAUUUCCAUCUCUCUCAGUCUUGUGCACUCUAUCCACCUCCUUGCCACCUGGCUUAAAAAGCGUCAAAAAAUUGCACUCAAUGAUGCUGUGGACAAACUUAAAUCAGGUGCGAUCAUCCUUAUGUUGCUAGGAUUCAUGUCUCUUCUACUUGCAGUAACUCAAGAAUCUAUUUCUAAGAUCUGUGUAUCAAAAAAGAUAGCAGAUAUAAUGCUUCCAUGCCGUAAAGAAAUCACCACCACAGCGCAAAAUAACACAGUGAAAGAUUAUGAGGACUUCAGUGUUGGUGUUAUAAAGUUUUCAUUAUUGGUGGGUGGUUCGUAUAAUAGUAGUUCAUGGAUUCGACAGAGACAACUGGCCAUUACUGCAAUUCCUCUCGAUUCUUGCAGUUCUAAAGGAAAGGUUUCAUUGAUGAGCCAAACAGGGAUUCACCAGCUUCAUAUAUUCAUAUUUGUGUUAGCAAUUAUGCAGAUUGUUUAUAGCGUUCUCACCAUGGCUUUGGGUGGGGCCAAGAUGAGGAGUUGGAAAGCUUGGGAGAAAGAAACACAAACCAUUGAGUACCAAGUGGCAAAUGAUCCUAAUCGAUUUAGAUUCACAAGGCAAACCACAUUUGGAAGAAGGCACAUGACAAUUUGUACAGAAUCAUCAGUCCAACUCUGGAUGAUAGCAGAUAUAAUGCUUCCAUGCCGUAAAGAAAUCACCACCACAGCGCAAAAUAACACAGUGAAAGAUUAUGAGGACUUCAGUGUUGGUGUUAUAAAGUUUUCAUUAUUGGUGGGUGGUUCGUAUAAUAGUAGCUCAUGGAUUCGACAGAGACAACUGGCCAUUACUGCAGUUCCUCUCGAUUCUUGCAGUUCUAAAGGAAAGGUUUCAUUGAUGAGCCAAACAGGGAUUCACCAGCUUCAUAUAUUCAUAUUUGUGUUAGCAAUUAUGCAGAUUGUUUAUAGCGUUCUCACCAUGGCUUUGGGUGGGGCCAAGAUGAGGAGUUGGAAAGCUUGGGAGAAAGAAACACAAACCAUUGAGUACCAAGUGGCAAAUGAUCCUAAUCGAUUUAGAUUCACAAGGCAAACCACAUUUGGAAGAAGGCACAUGACAAUUUGUACAGAAUCAUCAGUCCAACUCUGGAUGGUACACGUGACCCGAAACCGGCGGCCCAUCAUGUCACAUGACGGCCCGACCUCUCAUGUGGAGACCCAUGGGUAG